CAUAUUUUUUACAAAAUUAAAUACUUAUUUAAAUUUGCUAAAUAUCACUUUGUAUGUGAUCACGUUUUUUACCACAACUAAUGUGUGAAUUUUUUAUUUUUUUAUUUUCUUUUAUUUUUUUAAUGAUCCCAAAACCAAAAAAAAAAUUUCAAUCAAAACUAUUCAAUUCUAUACAGAGUCAACUAUUUACAGACAAAAUGACCGAAGUGUUAACUGAACAAAGUUUGACGUCAUGUGCUGAAAUAACCUAUUGACACAAUAGUUACUGAAAUUCUAAUUAAAUAGUGUGUACUAUAUUAAACAUUAAUUGCUUCUAUCAGGAAUUAUUAAACAUGAUGUCAUCAAUGAAUUGGAGUGAUAAACAAGUUAUUUGAAUGUAUUUUCUGUCAUUAUAUUUUCUUAAAUUAUGUUUUGAAUUAAGUUUUGUAUUUUAAAUCUAUAAAGUGUUUCUAAUGUAAUGUUUGUGUAAUUAUGUUUGUGAAAAAAAGCCUUAAGUCUGUGGUGACACACAUGUUUUCUGUUUUGUGAACGAGAUACUAGACUUAUUGUGUAUUGUUUCUUGUUUUUGGAUGCUGGUAUUGUGUUUAAUGUUAUGGUUCUGUCUAUAUCUACUGGUUGAACUGUACCUGCUUGAAUGAUUUGUUUAAGUGUAGAUUUAGUCUGUAAUAUUGUGUUGCAUGUCAGUUAUAAAUGUUGUUCUGUCUCAUCUGCCCCUGUCCUGCAGAGUGGACAAUCUAUGUGCCUAACUCUGUCCUUGUAUGGUCUUUAUGAGACUGGUGUCAUAUUUUAUAUGAGUCUAUAUGUUAUUUAUUUGUCUUUAUUUUCGAUUUCUUUAAUGUGUGUAUUUUUAAAUGUAUUCUUAGUGUUUAUUGUUCCAUAAACACGUGUCCAUUUUAUCCUAUUGUAGAGUGGUGUUGCUUGUCUCUUCAUUAAAUGUGUGUACAUUUCUUUGGUUGUUUUGUGUAAAAGUGUUUCGUUGCCUUUUAAUGCUUGGAUGCAUGCCAUGUAAAAAUCCGAUUGUUUUUAUUCCCAUGUACUGUGUUGUGCUGUUGUCAAUUUUUAUUAACUGUCCUAACCUUAUCUCUAUGUAAUAAUGUGUAAAUAUAUUUUCAUCCUUCUUUCUAAUGGCUUGUCCUAUAAAUUUGAUUCUAAGUGCCUCUAGUUUUGUUUGUAUGUCUUGUAAAUUAAUACCCCCUUCUAAUUUAGAUUGGAUUAAUGUUUUAUUUUUAAUAUUUUGUGUUGUUAUGUAAUUCCUGAUGUGUAAGUUGAUUUGUUUUAAAAUUGUUCGUGGAGGUCCCCAUGUGUUCCAUUGUAUAUUGUUUUGCGAAUUACAUAUGUGUUUAUGAUUGUGCUCCUGCCAAAAAGUGUGUGUGCUAUGUAUUUGUGUGUGUCAAUUACGUUUUUUUUUUAUUGAUUGUUCAAUGUUUUCCCAUGUUUCUGUGUUAGUUUGAGUGUGUUUGAAAAAUAAAUCCCAUAUAUCCUAAGACUAUCUUUCUUUACUAUUCCUAAAGGGAAUUCUAGUCUAUCUUUCCACCUACCAAUCCCCGUAAUUUCAGAUUUAGUUAUUUUUAUUUUAAACCCACUACCUCUCCCAAAUUCUUGAAAUAUUGAUAUUAUUUUUGAAAUAGACUUAUCACCAAUAGGAAAAAAACGUGUGUCAUCUGCAUAUGUAAUGACUUUCGUUUCUUUACCCCAGGGAUCCCUACUCCUUUAAUACUCUCAUUCCUUCUAAUUCUCUCUAACAAGGGUUCAAAGGAUAGGAUAUAUAGGUAAGGGGUUAGGGGACACCCUUGUCUAACUGAUCUGUAAAUUUUAAUGUAUUUAGAAAGUGUGUUGUUUGUUAGAAGAUUACUAAUGGGUGACUUGUAUUAAAUUUUAACCUAAUUACAAAAGUAAUCCCCUAGUUUGUUGUGUUGUAAUAUUGUAUGUAGGUAUGUGUGGUCUACCCUAUCAAAUGUAUGAGUUAGAAAAAAAAGGAGGGUGGGGGGGGGGUUAAUUUCCAAAUCAAGUCAAAUGAAACUUUAUGCUUGCUAUUUUUAAUUACUUUUGUUUAUAAACUUAAUUGAAUUACAUAUUUUUUGAAGAUAUAUAGAUAUGUUUUAAAUAAUUUUAUUCUUUUAUACAGAAAAAUAAACAGUAAAGCUUGAAGAAUAAAAAAAAAGUAGAAAAAGAAAUUUUUCAUCUACCAAGCAGCAGACAACUCUAAUCAAACAUGAACGUUACCUUCUGUUUAAGAGUUCUCCUCCUUGCCGUGACUGUGGUAAGUUAUGAUAAGUAGCUGUUUCUCUAGCAUCCGUUUCAGUAGCUUCCUCUCAUUAUCCAUGUGUUCCGUGUCAUGGCGUGGAUAUCUGGAUGAUGACGCCAAUAUAUGACACCGAUUGGUGACACUAAUAUUGGAAUAAGUUAGUGACAGUUGGCGAUUGCGCAAUGUUUCUUCUAAUCUCAUUUCUACCAACCAUUUUUUAACAAUUCAUAACAAUACUCUCCGAAACCGAAAUGGUAAGAUUCACCAAUGUAUACCAUUAUUACAAAAACGGAAGGUAUCUUUUCAAUCUGAAGGCAUGUCAAUAUCUUUUUUUUUUUUUAUUUAUUUCAAAGUGUGUGUAUUCGUUGGGAAGCUAUCAAUGAUUAUUGCUUGGGUUAGCAUGUUUAGAUUAGCAAUUGAGAAGAGUCGCGCCCCCCCCCCCCAUGACACUUGGCGGUCCCCCUGCGUUCAAAGUUGAUAGUAUAUAUUUUGUUUCUUAAUCACCACUUUGGGCCCCAUUAUACAUCCGAGGGGUUGCAGGGUUUAGGGUAGGCCUUUAUUGGGAAGCUAUCAAUGAUUUUUGCUUGGGUUUGCAUGUUUAGAUUAGCAAUUGAGAAGAGUCGCGCCCCCCCCCCCAUGACACUUGGCGGUCCCCCUGCGUUCAAAGUUGAUAGUAUAUAUUUUGUUUCUUAAUCACCACUUUGGGCCCCAUUAUACAUCCGAGGGGUUGCAGGGUUUAGGGUAGGCCUUUGAGAGACAGCGUACCCAAAAUGGCGGGUAGCUUCUGAGUUAAAUGAGCGCAGAGUGAAGAAAUGCGCAGCCUACUUUGUGUAACUAGGUCGUGAGAGAGUAAAGCGUAAAAUAACAUUGGCUUGCAUAUGUUCACCUUCAGUUAGUAUUGAAGUACCCAAUGCUACAAACAAGUUCGCUUUAAUUCUUCCUUUUCUAAAGUGAGGGCGUUUUAGAAAGAAGAAAAAAAAAGGUGGUGGGGGAGGGAAGGUGCGGGGUAUUUAUUGUAGCAGAAAAUAUGUUAAUCCAUGGGAAUUAGGUCAAGUGAUCUUUUUCGGGGAGAUUAUGCAAAUAAGUCAUUCCGAGAUCACGAGUUGCUAAGUGUAAGCAAACUGAGACCAGAUCGGGGACAUAACGAUAACCCGUGACACGUGGUUGCAAAUAACAUUUGUAUUGGCUGAACAGUGGGGGGGGGGUGGGGGAUAUCUUAUGGAAGAUACGAUCAAAGAAGCUAUUUUUACAUAUAAAUCUCGCCUACAUGUCAACAAUAGACUGAUUCAACCUUCACCUUCCACCACAUUGACAAAACGUGUUCUGAUUUCUCAGUAGUCCGUGACCGCCUGGGAGUCUCUUAGAUUCAAAAGUCACCUCCAUUCCGAGACCAAGGAAAUCCUAAACUUUUCACUGGCUGUAGAAUUAAAUCAUCCUUUCACUGGCUGUAGAAUUAAAUCAUCCUUUCACUGGCUGUAGAAUUAAAUCAUCCUUUCACUGGCUGUAGAAUUAAAUCAUCCUUUCACUGGCUGUAGAAUUAAAUCAUCCUUUCACUGGCUGUAGAAUUAAAUCAUCCUUUCACUGGCUGUAGAAUUAAAUCAUCCUUUCACUGGCUGUAGAAUUAAAUCAUCCUUUCACUGGCUGUAGAAUUAAAUCAUCCUUUCACUGGCUGUAGAAUUAAAUCAUCCUUUCACUGGCUGUAGAAUUAAAUCAUCCUUUCACUGGCUGUAGAAUUAAAUCAUCCUUUCACUGGCUGUAGAAUUAAAUCAUCCUUUCACUGGCUGUAGAAUUAAAUCAUCCUUUCACCGGAUGUAGAAUUAAAUCAUCCUUUCACUGGCUGUAGAAUUAAAUCAUCCUUUCACUGGCUGUAGAAUUAAAUCAUCUUUCACUGGAUGUAUGUAAUAGAUUUAAAUGUUGUAUGGGACACUAGCCCCUAGUUUCUGUUAAAACCAAUUCAAAUUAAUUGUAUACUAAUUUAUGAUAGGAAAUAAUACGAUCUUAAGAAAAUGAACGAUUCGUAUGAUGAAAUAUGAUGACUGUAAGAUUUAGAAAUAUGAUGACUGCAAGAUUUAGAAAUAUGAUGACUGUAAGAUUUAGAAAUAUGAUGACUGUAAGAUUUAGAAAUAUGAUGACUGUAAAAUUUAAAAAUAUAAAGACUGUAAGAUUUGGAAAUAUGAUGACUGUAAGAUUUAGAAAUAUGAUGACUGUAAGAUUUAGAAAUAUGAUGACUUCAAGAUUUGGAAAUAUGAUGACUUUAAUUUUAGAAAUAUGAUGACUGUAAGAUUUGGAAAUAUGAUGACUGUAAGAUUUAGAAAUAUGAUGACUUCAAGAUUUGGAAAUAUGAUGAAUUUAAAUUUAGAAAUAUGAUGACUGUAAGAUUUGGAAAUAUGAUGACUGUAAGAUUUAGAAAUAUGAUGACUUCAAGAUUUGGAAAUAUGAUGACUUUAAUAUUUAUAAAUAUGAUGACUUAAAGAUUUGGAAAUGUGAUGAAUGUAAGAUUUAAACAUCACAAAACGAUGUGUAAAAGUAUUUGAUAUUUCGAUGCAUCACUUGGCUGCCUGCAGUUGGACACUAGUUUGAUUAACACAGAGUCUAUCACGGACCAACGAAUAAAAUGUAUUAUAAUGUAUUGUAUUAGCGGUCCAUUCAUAAGACAGAUUUACCCAUGACACAUUCAUUGAGCCAACCAUUCAAAGUCAUAAUAAUCUUCAAAUUCUUUACAUUCCUGAAAAUUUGUUUGAGUCACCGUCAGAGUCACGGUCAGAGUCACGGUUAGAGUCACCGUUAGAGUCACUGUUAGAGUCCCCGUUACCGUUAAAGGUCACGAAUGAAUGCCUUCUGAGAAGACCAUUGUAAUCUUGUAAUCGUGACCUGCAUACAGUUCAAGGUUUCUAUAUUAUAAUGUAGACUGUAGAUGACUAGAUCUUAAUGUCAGGUCCUGUUCCUGUCUGCUGGGCGUCCUUGCUUCAUCUUCACGGUGAUUGGUUGUUGGAAGUCAUAUUUAAACUAUCUUUCUGUAGUGACCUGUUUUCUGUGAUAUUUAAACUAUCAGUCUGUAGUGACCUGUUUUCUAUGAAAUUUAAACUAUCAGUCUAUAGUGACCUGUUACUAUGAUAUAUUAUUUUAGUCUCUAGUGACCUAUUACUAUUUUACCCGUUUUAGUGACCUUGUACAAUUUUAGAACUAUGUGACCACAGUCAUUUAUCUCUUUGUGGCCACUUGGUACACUGUUGAGGUUAUGGGAAUAUCAACUUUGUAGGUUCAUCUGCAAAUAAGGACAAAUAUAUGGAAAAGUUACCAAAGCUACAUAUUUAACAAUUACCAAAAAAAUAUACUGAAAAAUUACCAAACAAUUAAAUGGAAUAAUUAUUAAACAACUUUAUUGAACAGUUAUUGAACAAAUAUAUUGAACAACUACCAAAGAUAUAUAUUCAACAAUUUCGAAACAAAUAUAUUGAACAAUUAUUACUGAAAUAUAUUGAACAGUUAUUAAACAAAUAUACUGAACACUUACCAAAGAUAUAUAUUUAACAAUUACCAAACAAAUAUAUUGAACAAAUAUCAAACAAUUAUAUGGAAGAAUUAUUAAACAAAUAUAUUGAUAUUGAUAUUGAAUUAAUUUAAAAAAUAUAUUGAACAAUUACCAAACAAAUAUAUUGAAAAGUUACCAAAUCUAGUUGAAGUGGAAUUAAAUUAAAAUGUCUCCUAAAAGGUGGACGAUGUUGUAGAGAUGCAGUCCAUUAUGACAAUGUGUUCCAUCAUUAAUUUAAAAAUAAACUUGAAUGAAGCAAGAUUGUUCUUAUUUAUAUCAUGGAACUUGUGGAUUGCAUCAGUCAAACUCCAUAAUGACUUCAAUUCAGCAUUAAGUCAUUUUAAAGACUUUUAAAUUAGUGUUAAAAUAGAAAAAGAAAUCAAACCUUUUACAAUAUGUGUGUGUGUGUAUAUAUAUAAAUGUCUCUUUCCCAGUCAGUUAUAAUGGUAUAAAACAUGAUUACUCUCUUUGAAAUUGGAAUGUCACAUUUCAGCUUACUUGGAGCUAUCUCCCUUUGUGUAACCGACGUCCAUGAACCCUGCAAGAGCUCUAUAAGACUGUUCUACCGCCGUCCAUACAAACGAUGAGAACUCUAUAAGACUGUUCUACCGCCGUCCAUACAAACGAUGAGAACUCUAUAAGACUGUUCUAUCGCCGUCCAUGAACCUUGCUAGAGCAAAUAAGACUGUUCUACCGCCGUCCAUACAAACAAUGAGAACUCUAUAAGACUGUUCUACCGCCGUCCAUGAACCCUGCUAGAGCUCUAUAAGACUAUUCUACCGCCGUCCAUACAAACGAUGAGAACUCUAUAAGACUGUUCUACCGCCGUCCAUACAAACGAUGAGAACUCUAAUAGACUGUUUUACGACUGUCAGACUGUCAUAACAAAAGUAGUGAAAGGGUAUAUUACGAUCAUAGGAUACCAGGUUUCGGACGAGGGGAGGGGUACAAAGAGACACUUACACUCUUACGUAAGCGCUCAUGUGGAAUAAAAAACAAAAUUUUACUGGUGAGCUCAUGCGUGAUGAAGGCCUCUGGGCGUUGCUCAAAAAGUGGCCGAACUGUGAAAGCCAGACGAGACUGAGGGGGGCCCCGUUCUUUGUAACAGAAACUAACCUAGGGGGUACCGAACUUCAUACUAGUUGGUAUGGUGAUGGCGUUGUUAAAUACGCAGGUGGGUAGUAUCAGGGCUGUCAAGUGAACCUUACAGAUAGUCAGCGUGUUGGUUAUUGCUGGAGCAUUUCGUGUCUAUCCGAUGGCUGUUUAAAAUAUUGCGUGAAAAAGGGCCCUCCAGCCAGUCUUGUGUCAAAUUCUGAACUUGUUUAUUCCACCUUUAAAAAAAUUGAUGCUACUCCAUCAGUGAUGAGCUUUACCCACAUUAUAAACACCAGAUCAUCUACUCCAUCAGUCAUGAGCUAUUCCCACAUUGUAAACACCAGAUAAUCUAUUCUAUCAGUCAUGAGCUUUACCCACAUUAUAAACACCAGAUCAUCUACUCCAUCAGUCAUGAGCUAUUCCCACAUUGUAAACACCAGAUCAUCUACUCUAUCAGUCAUGAGCUAUUCCCACAUUGUAAACAACAGAUCAUCUACUCCAUCAGUCAUGAGCUAUUCCCACAUUGUAAACCCCAGAUCAUCUAUUCUAUCAGUCAUGAGCUUUACCCACAUUAUAAACACCAGAUCAUCUACUUCAUCAGUCAUGAGCUAUUCCCACAUUGUAAACACCAGAUCAUCUACUCUAUCAGUCAUGAGCUAUUCCCACAUUGUAAACACCAGAUCAUCUACUCCAUCAGUCAUGAGCUAUUCCCACAUUGUAAACACCAGAUCAUCUACUCCAUCAGUCAUGAGCUAUUCCCACAUUGUAAACACCAGAUCAUCUACUCCACCAGUGAUGAGCUAUUCCCACAUUUUAAACACCAGAUCAUCUACUCCAGCAGUCUCGAGCUAUUCCCACAUUGUAAACACCAGAUAAUCUACUCCACCAGUGAUGAGCUAUUCCCACAUUUUAAACACCAGAUCAUCUACUCCAGCAGUCUCGAGCUAUUCCCACAUUGUAAUAACCAGAUAAUCUACUCCACCAGUGAUGAGCUAAUCAGUCAUGAGCUAUUCCCACAUUGUAAACACCAGAUCAUCUACUCUAUCAGUCAUGAGCUAUUCCCACAUUGUAAACAACAGAUCAUCUACUCCAUCAGUCAUGAGCUAUUCCCACAUUGUAAACACCAGAUCAUUUACUCCAUCAGUCAUGAGCUGUUCCCACAUUGUAAACACCAGAUCAUUUACUCCAUCAGUCAUGAGCUGUUCCCACAUUGUAAACACCAGAUCAUCUACUCCAUUAUUCAUGAGCUAUUCCCACAUUGUAAACACCAGAUCAUCUACCCCAUCAUUCAUGAGCUAUUCCCACAUUGUGAACACCAGAUCAUCUACUCCACCAGUGAUGAGCUAUUCCCACAUUUUAAACACCAGAUCAUCUACUCCAGCAGUCUCGAGCUAUUCCCACAUUGUAAAAACCAGAUAAUCUACUCCACCAGUGAUGAGCUAUUCCCACAUUUUAAACACCAGAUCAUCUACUCCAGCAGUCUCGAGCUAUUCCCACAUUGUAAUAACCAGAUAAUCUACUCCACCAGUGAUGAGCUAUUCCCACAUUGUAAACAAAAUACCAUCGGGCCACUAUUCCUGUACUUUAAUCUCUUUUUGUGUUUGUGAAUGACGUAACAUUCUUCACUACUCCUCCCACUGAUUCCUCACUACCUCUGACGUCAGUGCUAAACUCAGCGCGUGUCAAGUUCAUACAGAGAUUUUAUGACGUCUUACAUGUUUCACUCGCUGCGCACCACUAAGAGAAUUGUUCUGGUGAAUGAUACACGAGUACGAGUGUCGGUGUUGGGGGGGGGGGGAGGGAGGCCAGUGACACUCAUUUGUGAUUCAAUAACUGAACAAAUAAAAGUACAAAAGCACUUUCCUCAGUGAGGACAUUGAACUGUCUGCAGUUUCGCGGACAAACAUCACUGUUCCCAGGGGGGGGGGGGGGGGGGGGAGGGAGGCCAGUGACACUCAUUUGUGAUUCAAUAACUGAACAAAUAAAAGUACAAAAGCACUUUCCUCAGUGAGGACAUUGAACUGUCUGAAGUUUCGCGGACAAACAUCACUGUUCCCCCAGCAGUGAACUAUAAAAUAAUCGUGUACUUUUUAGCUUAAGCCCCUAAAGUCUGAGUGCAAUGAGAUAAAAUGCAAGUGAUUAUGACACCGUGACAUUACGAUAGAAAAGCCCAUGUACGAUUUAUGUCAGUCUCCUAAAGUUUAUAAACCAUCAUAAACAUCCCGUGUCUGUUUAUUCCUACCAGGUCUCCGCAGCCGGUCACGGGCAGCUGUCUGAUUACAUGGACAACUUGACCGUCCAAUCGCCAUCUACCUCAGCGAAGGCUUGCACCAGGAGUGCACAGUGUGGACACGGCGGCUGUUGUCUGCGUGGGCGGUGCAGUAACACGGGCUCGACGUUCGACAGAUGCUACGCCAGGGUCAGGCACAACGGCAGGAUCCGACCCGUGAAGCUGUGGAAGAAGACAGACGUGUGCCCGUGUGAAUAUGCGUCCUACUGCUACGUCCAGCGCCCCUAUGAGAAGCACCCUGUGUAUGGACCCGUCGGGAGCUGCUUUCCUAUUAUGCGUUGAUUUCAGCAACUCUCGGCUCCACGGCGAGAAAGACAAUGCAAUACUUCUCUGGGGGUAUUGAUUCCUCUAGGGUAUGGAUUCCUCUAGGGUAUGGAUUUCUCCUCGGGUUGGAUUUAACUUUUUGAACUACCUAAUUUAUUUAUCGGACCAAUUUUCUGGUUCUUGACCAAACAAGACUUCAGCAGACGAGAUUCGGCAAAUACUUCGACCUUGACGAAAACCAUUUGCGUGCAAUCUCGAAACCAAAGUUUUGUUUUUCAGAUGCUCAGCUUUGGGACGAGUGAGUGAUUCAGAGCCCGUGCAUUUACAAGUUGACCGAAACUUUGGGCACCUUUCCUCUAAAACACCAUUAUGUUCAUAGGGUAUUUCUUUAGCAACCAUUUAUUUAUCAUCAAACUGUUUAGUCAUCCAUGUUUGUCGUUCAAGUGUUAAGCCACCUUGUUUUGUCGUUCAAGUGUUUGUCGUCUACUUGUUAAGUCACCAUGUAUAUCUUCAAAGUGUUAAGUCACCCCAUGAUUGUUGUUUAAGUGUUAAGCCACCUUGUUUUGCCGUUUAAGAAUUUAGUCACCAUAUUUAUUGAAUACUUUACAGAAAUGUAUAUUAUAUCAAUAUCAUUGCCAUUAUUUUUUAUGCUCCUGUUACACGGAAGUAUAAUAAAUCUGAAA